CCUGAUACUUUCACUGUUAAUACUACUGCCUAUUGUCCUGAUACUUUCAUUGUUAAUACUACUGUCUAUUGUCCUGAUAUUUUCAAUGUUAAUACUACUGCCUAUUGUCCUGAUACUUUCAUUGUUAAUACCACUGCCUAUUGUCCUGAUACUUUCAUUGUUAAUACCACUGCCUAUUGUCCUGAUACUUUCAUUGUUAAUACUACUGUCUAUUGUCCUGAUAUUUUCAAUGUUAAUACCACUGCCUAUUGUCCUGAUACUUUCUUUGUUGAUACACCUGUCUAUUGUCCUGAUAUUUUCAAUGUUAAUACUACUGCUUAUUGUCCUGAUACUUUCUUUGUUGAUACUCCUGUCUGUUGUCCUGAUACUUUCAUUGUUAAUACUACUGUCUAUUGUCUUUAUACCUUCAUUGUUAAUACUACUGUCUAUUGUCUUCAUACCUUCAUUGUUAAUACUACUGUCUAUUGUUGUCUACAUAGCUUCUUUGAUAAUACUCCUGCCUACUGUCCUGAUACUUUCAUUGUUAAUACUACUGUCUAUUGUCCUGAUACUUUCAUUGUUAAUACUACUGCCUAUUGUGCUGAUACUUUCAAUGUAAAUACUACUGUCUAUUGUCCUGAUACUUUCAUUGUUAAUACUACUGUCUAUUGUUGUCUACAUAGCUUCUUUGAUAAUAUUGCAGUUUAG